AUAUGUCGUUCAAUAGUUACUGCUUGUAUAAUAAAAUACAAGAGACCGUCUGAUAUAUCGUUGAGUCGCAUCACUAUCCUGAUUUCUGCCGGUAGAAACCGGACGCCCCCCCGUAACGGCUCUACAUCGAUUCACAAGUCGACAUCGCCCAUCCCUGGUAACAGGCAUCGUGUGCAAACGCACAUCUAUGUAAUCACACUGCGUGACUCACGUACGCACGAGAAGUGGAGUAUGUGUAGUGACUGUAUUGACUGUAGUGUGUAGUACACACACACAGAGAGAUGAUACGGAUUUUGCAAUUGCAGUCGUUCCCCAGUAUUGUCUCGCUUUGAUGCCGUUGUCCGUAAUGCAGUUUCGCCAACGGCAAUGUUAUUCAUCGUUCGUUUAAAAUCGGCAGAUAGCAAGUAAGAUCGCGCGAAUGAUAUUUAAUUGCGGAACGACGACUCGUUGAUGCUCAACGUGCAUGCGCUGUCGUGGAAGGACAAUCUCACACAUUCGUGAAUGCAAUUGUACAUUAUUCGGGACACGUAUGACGAACAUUAGCAGUUUUAUUUUACCUGCAUCUCGGCAAUAGGAAUUGGCCAGAUGAAGAUAAUGUCAGACGAUGAUGCUGCAUUGGACUCAAUGGAUACUGAAGAAGAAAUCUUUUGUCCUCGCACUCGUAGCUUGGAGUCAAAUGUCAGGCGAUCUAAAAACUUGCGCAAGCUGAGAUCGCAUUCUGGCUCUACAUCACAUAUAAGUGUACGUCGUAGUACACGUAAUAGGAUGCAAACUUAUGACAACCUUAAUACAAGUUGGAUUUUAGGAACACAAACUUUAAAAGGAUAUCCAAUGUUUCAACAACAUGCUUCUUCAUCGGAUAAAGAGAUAGAUGAUGUUCCUGGUAGAAAACGUGAUCUCAGAGAUCGAAUGCCUUUAAGAUCUCGUGAAAACCAUCCACCUAAUAAAAAUUCAACAAGACACAUUAGAGAUAGAGCAGAACAUGAUCGACAAAAUAGUAGAGAGCUCAGAGGUCGACUUAGAGCUAACUCAGAAGCAGAACUUAAAGAAAAGACAGAGCAAGAGAAGGAUGUUGCUACGGAACAACCAAGGCCGACAAACGAAGAAAAAGAUACUAGGACAAGAAAGUCCGACAGUCCAAGCCGAUUUCGAGAAGGUCCUGUAACCAGACUAUGUGGAAAUAUAAUCGAGAAAAACGAAAAGCCUAAGGUAGAGCAGGAUGAAGCAGAUGAUGAUAGUUCACGAGAAAGUGAAAAACCAGAUAAUAACGAUAACUCUGAAAAUGAAGAUGGAUACGAGGACAUGUAUACGCGCAUUAAGAGGACAAGACGAACGACUCAACGACAAUUACCAAGGGUGCAAGUAGACAGUGAUAUGAGUGAAUCUUCGGAUUCUCCCGGGCCUAGGAAAUACAGUUUACGUCAAAAAAAACCUACUGUAGAUAGAUUUCAAGCCAAUGUAGAGCCAGUUCGGCGAUCUAUUAGAGCUCUUAGAAGUGUUCUCAGUAAUUCAAUGAGAAGGAGAAAACAUAGAGCUAAAACUACGAGUUCUAGUGAUUCUAGCGACUCUGAGCCUCAACGUUAUGACAAGAAGAAAGGCAAAAAAGCGAGACAAUCAGCGAUACCACAAGGUGGUCCACCAGAUCGAAAAGCUGACAUAAAUCCUAUCACCUUAGACACUAAUAUUAGAUUUAGCGACGUUGGGGGCUUAGAGUCCCAUAUUCACUGCCUUAAGGAGAUGGUUAUCUUUCCUAUGAUGUAUCCGGAUGUUUUCGAAAGGUUUCACAUCACCCCACCAAAAGGUGUCUUGUUCCAUGGUCCACCAGGGACCGGUAAGACGCUAAUAGCCCGAGCGUUGGCCAAUGAGUGUAGUCGAGGUAACAAAAAGAUGGCAUUUUUCAUGAGAAAAGGAGCUGAUUGUCUAUCAAAAUGGGUCGGAGAAUCGGAACGUCAAUUAAGAUUGUUAUUUGAACAGGCUCAGCAGAUGAAACCGUCCAUAAUAUUUUUUGAUGAAAUAGAUGGUUUAGCGCCUGUCCGAAGCACUAAGCAAGAUCAGAUCCAUGCUAGUAUUGUGUCUACGCUCUUAGCGCUCAUGGAUGGUCUCAGUGAUAGAGGAGAGGUUAUAGUUAUUGGUGCAACGAACAGAAUCGAUGCAAUCGAUCCAGCUUUGCGAAGACCUGGCCGCUUUGAUCGUGAACUUUUCUUUCCGCUACCAGCCAUGAAGGAAAGAUUAGACAUUCUGAAGAUCCAUGUGAGUAAAUGGCAAAAUCCACCGUCUGAUCAGUUAUUGGAGAUACUUGCGGAAAAGGCUACUGGUUAUUGCGGUUCGGAUUUGAGAGCAUUAUGUACCGAAGCAGUGCUUCAAGGAUUAAAGAGAACCUACCCGCAAAUCUAUAUGACAGAUGACAGAUUGUUGCUGGAACCGGAGAAAGUCGAGGUGCAAAAACGUGAUUUCAUGCAAGCAAGCUCUAUUCUUGUGCCAUCAUCGCACAGAGUCGCACCAUGUGCAGGGAGAAAACUGCAACUUUUUAUGAAACCACUACUAGGGCCUCCGCUAGAAGAACUAAUUAUAUUAGUAAAAGGAAUAUUCCCUCAAGGUGUAAAUCCCGCCAUGGCAAAGGUGAAGCAUGCUAAAGGUAUUCAUCGUCCAAGAGUACUAAUUUCUGGUGGCAAUCUAUCUGAAGGUCAGGGGCCACAUUUAGCCCAAGCAUUAUUAUAUUGUAUGGAACAUUUACCUGUUCAGAUCUUAGAUGUCAGCACGUUAUUCGCAGAAAGCGCUCGGUCACCAGAAGAAACUUGUGUGCAGGUAUUUAAUGAAGCUGCUAGAAACGUCCCGUCCAUAAUUUACAUUCGGUCGAUCGAUCAGUGGUGGCCUCUCGUACCGGAGACAGUGAAAGCAGUCUUCCUGUGUCGUAUCGCAGCGCUAGAUCCUUCAUUGCCGAUUUUAAUUCUCGCCACAAGCGAUGCGACGUAUCAAGAUCUCCCUAACCAGUUAAAAAACUUGUUCAGCGAAUUACGCGGCGAAGUGUACUCUAUGAAAACACCCACCACUGAGCAAAGGAAAAAAUUCUUUCGACCUAUAUUUAUGGUUCAGAGUGUAAGACAGCCACGGAUCAAAAGUAACAAAGUAGACGUCUUGGAAACACUGCCACUAGCGCCAGAUCCACUUCCAAAAAAACUGACGGAAGAGGAGAAACAAAUCAUGUACGAGAAAGACGAGGUUUCUCUAAGAGAAUUACGAAUUUUCUUGAGAGAAAUUUGCGCUAAACUAGCGAGAAAUCGACAAUUCUUCAUGUUUACGAAGCCAGUCGAUAUAGAGGAGGUGCCGGAUUACAACCUGAUAAUAAAACAACCGAUGGACUUGGAGACGAUGAUGACGAAAAUCGACAUGAAUUGUUAUCUGUGCGCCCGUGAAUUUCUCGACGACAUCGAUCUCAUAUGUAGAAACGCUCUGGAAUACAACCCGGACAGCUUACGUGAUAGGCCUUCCCUCGGGAUAUUAAAGAGGGAUCCCGCGGACAAGCUGAUAAGACAUCGGGCAUGUUCCCUGCGCGACAACGCUUACGCUUUGAUAAAAGCUGAGCUGGAUUCUGAUUUCGAGGAUAAGUGCCGCGAAAUAUCCAAGAAUCGUCGGAUCAUAGAGAAUAAUUGUAACAACGAGGAAGAGAAUAAAAUCGUAAAGACGGAAUCUACUUCGACGGGUGAACGAGCAGAGAAGAAAGAUUCUGUAAAUUCUAGUCAUUCUCUCGUCGUAAAUGGAAGAAAGUUCGGUAACUCGAGGAAACGUAAGAUACCAGCUUGGGCACGAGGUUACGUGAAGAAAGUUCAAAAGAAGAAGAAGAUUGCUUUUGACGAGAAUGUCAUCGAAGUGACGAGUAAAUCGUGCAAUGAAACCACCAGUAUCGAUUUAGAAAAGUUUCAAGAAUUCGAGACGGAAGCUCAUAACGUUUUAAACGGGCAUAUUGGAUUGUAUGACAAUACCGACUCGGAGAACGACUCGCAAAACGAAAACUCAAAGGAGAUGCAGAGAAGUCAGAGUGACUGUAUGCUGGACCAGCGGAUAGAUAAUCUUGACCAAACAGAGUCAUCUUUCGCGGAUGAGGACAAGCCCGUUGGAAAUGGGGACUCAAAUUCGUCGUCUCGACGCGAAAGCAUGGACGAAUUGUCGUUCGCGAUUGAAAGCGAUUCUAGUCGAGAUAAAAUUGAAGAAUGCGAAAAGCUCAUAGUCGACAAAAAUGAGCUCGAGAACGCAUGGCACUUCACAGUCGGAGCGACGAAGGACUUCCCCGUCGAAGUGCUGUGUGACAUUUAUGUGCAACUAAGCAGAUGCGUUGGAAAAUAUGCUCACAACUAUGAUAGAAAAUCACUGCCAAAGGACUUGCUCAAGGAAGUGGAAAAGUUUGCAGAGUACAAGACGCAGCGUUAUUAGAGUAUAGUAUGCAAAUACAGCAUUCAAUGACAAAAUGCCGUAUGUUGCUAACACGAGACAAAAACGUGUUAUGUAAAAUCACUCCACCAUAAAUAUUUUUAGCGACGAGUCAGAUUUUCAGUUUCUUUUAUAUAUUUAUACUGAACGCAAAAUCGAAUUAUCACUGUUAUAUCGAACGAAAUUUUGGAAUGGUAUAUUUUUCGGUUGUUAUACUGCCAAGCUUUACGUGAAUAACAGCAUGUAUUUGCAACAAUCGCAUUUGUUAUAUAAAAUAGUGGGUAAUUAACUUUAGUUGAAGAUUGAGUUCUACAUACUUAAUCAGAUUGACUUUUUUUGUAUAUAUUGUAAAAGCGCUGUAAAUGAUAAACUCAAACGAUCACUAGA